UAAAUAAAGCCUUAUGCACUUUUUACUCUAUCACCACUCUAACCAAAAGCACAUGCCAGCAUCCUCUGACCUGUUUCCCUUAUCUUUCUUCCUCUAUUAAUUUAUUGCUCUCUUUCCACCAAGUUUCCCUCAGCUUGUUUUUUUUUCUUCUUCUUCUUUCUAUAUAUAGUUUUCUAGAUUUGGUUCUUUUUGAGCCGAUCUGGAGGACUUGGUUUGGAACUUCAGUUGAAGGUUAUUGAGCAAAGCUUCUUCUUCUUCUUCUUUUUCUUCUUCACUUGGUCAAUUCGAGGCAACUUCCAGCUUUUUGGUGGAUAGAAUACUUGGUCUGGGUCUUUUGCUAGAAGAUUUGAAAGAAAUAGUUAGUUCUGGUUAGAGAAAAAGCAAUGGAUUCUUCUUCAUGGGUGGAUACUUCGUUGGAUCUUAAUGCUUCUGCCAGGUCCCUACGACUUGGGACACCGAAGAAGGAGUCGACUAGCAACUUAAUUGUGUUUGGGAAGAAGCUUUCGGCGACAGAAGAGACUGGUGCUUUAGUGGAAGAAUUGAACCGUGUAAGUGCAGAAAACAAGAAGCUAACAGAAAUGUUGACAGCAAUGUGUGAGAGCUACAAUGCUUUGCAAAGCCAGUUGAUGCAUUUAAUGAGCAAGAACCCUGAAAAGGAGUUUAGCCCUUCAAAGAAAAGAAAGUCUGAAAGCAGCAACAACAAUGAUAAUAAGUUUGGCAUCAUUGGAAAUUCAGAGAGCAGCUCAACUGAUGAAGAGUCAUGCAAGAAACCAAGAGAAGAAAUUAUCAAGGCCAAAAUUUCAAGAGUUUCUGUCAGGACUGAAGCAUCUGAUACCAGUCUUGUUGUAAAGGAUGGAUAUCAGUGGAGAAAAUAUGGACAAAAGGUUACCAGGGAUAAUCCUUCCCCAAGAGCUUACUUCAAAUGCUCUUUUGCACCAAGCUGCCCUGUCAAGAAGAAGGUGCAAAGAAGCGUUGAAGAUCAGCUUGUUCUAGUUGCAACUUAUGAAGGCGAACACAACCAUCUCCCCCCGUCUCAAAUGGAAGCAACAUCAGGUUCAAGCCGCUGUAUGACCCUUGGUUCAGUCCCUUGUUCAGCCUCACUUAAUUCAUCUGGACCAACCGUUACUCUAGACCUCACAAAAUCUAAGUCCAGUACUGAUGAAGCUAGAAACUCUAAGUCCAAAAUGGAGUCACCAGAAGUCAGACAAUAUUUGGUGGAGCAGAUGGCAUCUUCUUUGACAAAAGACCCCAAUUUCACAGCAGCACUCGCAGCAGCCAUAUCGGGAAGAAUGUUUUCAACAAAGUCCAAUUGAAAGAAUGGAUAAAAUAUCAUCAACAUAGAUCAAUUAGAUUUCUCUUCUUCUUCUUCUUUUCUUUCCUUUCCCUUUUAGGAUUUGUCUUGCUGGGAAAAUAUUCCAGCUGACAAAGAGUUGUAUGAUUUUAUGAGCAAAGUAGAUGGUUAUGAACUUAGAAUGUUGUAAAUACAACAUUGCAAAAGAAUUGGGAAAAAGACAACAAAAAAAGAAAAACGAAAAAUAGAAUUUGGAAUCUGUUCAAGCAUCAGCCUCUUGUAAAUAUUCUUUGAAAUUGAGUAUCAACAUCAAGUGUUAUGUUCAAAAAAGAAAAA